AAGUGUUUUAAAGCUUUCAACAUACCGCACUACCGAUCAAGCUGUGAAGAAAUUUGUUAAUACACCUGCAGGUGAUUUUUCCUCCGACGGUGUGAUUCCUACCACGUUUUCGAAACGUCGUUAAAACACAUUUAAAAUUCCUCGCCCUCCAUUCUCCGGCACCGGCAAGGUGCGGGUACUUUAUCAUCAUUAAGCGCCAGGUGUGGGUGUUUGUGUUUGUGUUAUCAAAAGUGAGAGAAAAAAACAUGCCAGUUCCAAGAACGCCAUUGCGCGAGUUAAUCAAAUAAUUUCCAAAAAUCCAAAAAAGGGUUCUUACUGAAGAGUUGGCCCGUCAGUUUCGUAAACCUUGCCCUCGCCCGGAGGUUGUGUGGCUGUGUGUGGGGCGCGUGUUAAUCAAAUCAAUCGAAACCGCAUCUGGCACUGCAUGCGCCAGCAACUGGAAGCAACGCUCCAGCACACGGUCGAACUAAAUCGAAACGCAAAUUGGAUGUAACCUUUGGCAGGGGGCCGAAACACGCUCGAAGUGAAGUGAUCGUCCGAACCAUCGCCGGCAUCGACUUUUACUGCCUCACACAACCAGAAGAGCUAUAAACUUCAAACUGUGCUGGGAAUUGAACGUGAGCAGAGCGUCACGGGUAACGGCAAGAAGAAAGCUCAAGCAAUGUGCCACGAUUCCUUCCGGGACGACUUAACACGACUCCUCAACGUCCACCGUCCGAGCCUCGUGUGGGUAGAGGCAGCCCUGGGAGAGCCGAACCCCAUCGGUCUAGUUAAUCGAUACCGCAAAGAAAGCGACAUCUAAUUAAUCUAAAUCAGUACGGACCAAAGUUGACCCGUCGGCGAGCGUGCGAACGUGUCGCAAAUCGAUAGCGGUUUUUUACUGACAACAGCGCCAUUGCACCGCCCCACGAUGCACGUGAUCGUACUGAAGUACGUGCAGGUCCUCUGCAUAACUAUAUUCUUCUCGAAUAACAUCAACUGCGACAAGCUGCUGCUGCACAACGAGCAGGAAGAUCAGGAGCUGUACCGGAUCGGCGCGUGCACGGCGGUCUGCCUGGCCGGGUCGGAAGGCACCAUCGGGAGUCCGGAUCAUCCUGGAUUUAACAGCACUCCGGUAGAACCUAAGACCAUUGAGCGCUGUUAUACCCUUUGUUCGGAGGAUAGGCGGCCAGCGUCCGCCUUAAGGCCGCUGGUUCAGCGCCUGGAGCCAUCAUUGCAUAUCAAUCUCAUCUGCCGUGAUAGCACGAAUCUGAUCAUCGAGGUACAACCGAGGCCGGAUGUGCGUAGCGAACGGCACUCCAGCGAAGGCCUUGGCGAUGCGGCCGCACCGAAGGGAAAACAAAACCAAUUAGAUGCAUUCGCUACUGGCAACGUGGCGAGUGCAAGUGCCGGUAGGGUGCAAUCGAAGGUCAGCGGGCCGGCUCGUAGGAAACGAGCCAUUGGGACGGAAAGUUCUUCGGAUUCACUCUCCGACCACCAGAAGCCCGAACCAUCGGCAAGCAAACGUGCGAAUCUGUUGCCCGAAGCAAACGAUGAACGGUCGAUUAAGCGUGGUACCAGCCUUACGGACGAUGAAAGAUGGUAUCCGCAUCCCAGGCCGCCGGGUCAAACGCAAGGUCGCAACAACCCUGCACGCCCGACCGGGCCCAUCCGACAGCCGAUCUAUCUGGUGAAGGUACAGGAAAGCGAGAAGGAAAUGGGCGACCGAAUCGUCUACAUGAGCAACUCAUCGUUGGUUAAAAUUGAACAUCUCGUUCCGAACAAGCGGUACAACGUGACUGCCACCGUGCUGACUUCCGAGUACGAGUACUACUACGUCGAAAAGGCCCAGUUUAAAACGCUGCCGGUGGGAUACAUCCCCGGGGCCAUCACAGAGGUGAAGGUGGAACGGUACGAGACCAACGUGAAGGACAGUCGACUAGUGGAUGCUGUGAUUUCCUGGAAUCCGGCGAAAGAUAAAACGUGCCACUAUGAAAUCCUGUGCCAUGCGGACCAUUCACCUGAUUUUCAGCUGAAACCCAUCGAUGUACAUCAGCCUGAAGUCCUUUACACAUACACGGUUAACGCACUGGAACUAAGCGCUAACUAUCGGAUUGCAAUACGUUCGAAGAAUACCGUAAACCCCGAGCUGGAAAGUCAACUUCAGUGGCAUGAAUUUAAAACGCCCAUCUGUACCAUUCCAGUCAACGGAAGUCAAGUUUGUGCACCGGAAGCGAUCACAAAUGUACGUGUUAGGCAAGAACCACUAUAUGAUCACCACUAUCAGCUCAAUAUCAGCUGGGACCGACCCCAGAUUCCGCCCGACUCCUACGUGGUCAAGAUAUUCGACCUGCACGACUCUGGCACGGAAGAUCCGGCCAACUCGCUAACGCGGAACCUCACUGGGGAUGCGGUAGGGCUGUUUAUCGAAUCGUUCGAAAUGUUUGGCCCACACUUUGAGGUAUUUAUAUCGGCGUACUCGAGCGUUGGCGUAACGUCGGAAAGUACCAUCAAAACGCUUCAGAUCGGUCGAGUGAGCACGGACUCAUGGCUACGCACAAAGCUCGUCUUCAUCAUACUUACGCCGGUGCUAAUGAUCGGCCUGCUAAAGAUAUCCAUUUCGCUAAUUUGCCGUCGAAGGGCGAAACUGAAACGGUACGAGGAACGAUGCGAGUAUUUUAAGGAGCUGGAACAAAAAGCCCCGGUCGAUCCUAGCACGGAGUUUGAGCCCAAUUCGAAGCAUAUGCACGAUCUACUUGGUUCGAGUCCAUUUCCACCCGAUCUAAUUACUCCCAUCAAUGACGAGCUAGAAAUCGAGGUCGAUCAUAUUAUCCUGCACGACAUGCUGGGCGAGGGAGCGUUCGGAUUGGUACGAAAGGGUUUCCUUCACCAGAAAGUUCCUGGCGAGCAGCCCAAACCGGUGGCGGUGAAGAUGUUGAAGGAAUGUCCGCGUGUGGAGGACAUAAUCGAGUUCCGGCGCGAAAUGGAGGUAAUGAAGUCGGUCGGUACACACGCGCAUAUCGUCGGCAUCGUUGGCCACUGCACGAAGAACGUCCGCAAGAUGAUGCUCCUCACGGAGUACUGCGGUCGUGGUAAUCUGCUCAACUAUCUGCGUCUCCAGUGGCAAAGAAUGCUGAGGCUGCAUCGAGAGUUGGCGGUAUCCACGCAGAUGCUCUCGCAAGUUACCGAUUCUGCUCCAUGUGCUCCACCACCGGAGCUGGUGGAAUGUCUAACGCCAGCACUGGACAACAACAAGCUGCCGGAGAACGUGUUCAACUUCGACACAUCGUUCGUGAAUGAUAAGAAAUCGCUGACGUACAAAAACAUCACCGACGGCACCAGCAGGCGACCGCAGAUAAUCGAAAAUAAGCUCUACCCACUGUUCAACGAGGACGAGUGUCCGGCGGGUAACCAAACAUCCGACCAUCAGCGCGUGGUGACGUUCUGCACAAACGCCUGCCGAAAUGUGGUGGAAAUUGUCGACCGUGAACGACACUGCGUGCCGGAAACGGAAGCGCUCGAUGGCAAGGGAAGUGUAAAAAUUAAUCCUUGUAGUUGCCAACGUGACACGGUGGUAGAAAAUACCGUCGAUAAUCGGUGUUACCAUAGUUGCCCGGAGUCGGCGGAGUUGCAGAUACCAAACACACCGAAACCCGUCGUGGAAGACGAUCCGAUGCCGGGCAGUGCGCAGUUGCUGGAAUUUUCCCGCCAAAUUGCGCUCGGAAUGGAAUAUCUUGCACGAAACAAAGUGGUGCAUCGUGAUCUGGCCGCUAGGAACGUGCUGGUGUGCAGUGAUAAUACGAUGAAAAUAGCCGAUUUUGGCCUUAGUCGGGACAUUUACCAGGAAAAUCUAUACCGCAAAACGAGCAACGGGAAGCUGCCGAUCAAAUGGCUCGCACUGGAAUCGUUGACGCACCAGGUGUACACAUCGCAGAGUGACGUCUGGUCGUACGGGAUUCUGCUGUACGAGAUCUGCACCCUCGGCGGAAGCCCGUACCCGGCCAUUUCCACCGGCAAGCUGCUACGCUACCUCGAGAAUGGUAAUCGUAUGGAUCGCCCGAAAAGUUGCAGCGAGGAGCUAUAUGCCUUGAUGUACUCCUGUUGGAUGCUGCAUCCGAGGGAACGGCCUACGUUUACCAAAAUCGUGCACACGCUCGAGGAGCUACAGAAAAAAGAACCCACCCGGAACCCGCCUACGAUUGAUCUAAACGCGAUCGUCGAUGUCCAUUGCACAAUAAAUACGACCGAAGAAAAUUCAUACUUAAAGCCGGUUGAGUAUUAGAAGCGGACUGGCCACAUGGAAGCAAACCAAAACAUCGACAGAUUGUAUAUUCAAGUUUUAUGGAAUGGGAGUGGAAAUAAAUACUCCAAAAACAGCAGAACAUUCCAAUGUGAACACGUGAAAAACCAACAACGACUUACUAUACAGUGAUGGGAUACGGUAGGAUAGGAUUGUUGUGCGAUUGCAAAGGACUUGUUUUUUUUUAAAUAAAAUACAAAUAUAUUUUUAAACAA